AUGUUCUUCUCUUGUAUUCCUGAUAUAUUUAUUAUCACAUACGGUAUUGAUAUGAAAAAUAAUUCGACCAUUUUAUGUAAAAUAGGAUGGUAUUAUUCGUUCACUGUUCAGAAUUUCUCGUUAUUUUGUCUUUCUUUGGCUUCAUUUGAUCGAUAUUGUGGUUCGUCAUCUAAUGUUCAUAUGAGACGAUUCUGUACAAUGAAAACAGCACAACGGAUCGUCUUAGUCUUAGCAAUAUUUGUUCUUUUUAGUUAUUGUCAUGUUCCAAUCUUCUAUCAAUUAGAUCCAACAUUGAAUCAAUGUACAAUUAUCAAUGCUACUUAUCGUCAAUUUCUUAGUAUAUUAUCAGGUAUAUACAUUAGUCAUUUACCUGUUUUUCUCAUGUUAGUUUUUGGUGUUUUGACAAUCUUUAAUGUGAAGAAAAGUCGACGUCGUCUUAUCCCAGCGCAACCAGAAGUUCUAAUAGCAUCAGCAACUGCGCCAGCUCACAUUUUGGAGAAUGUUGUUCGUCUACGUGAUCAUUUUGUACAUGCAGCUAUAUCACCACAGAAUGUUGCGUCACAAAGAACUCGUAAUGACCAACAACUAUUGCAAAUGUUAAUUUUUCAUGUUUUAACAUACAUUUGUUUAACUAUUUUCCCUACCGUAGUAUAUUAUGUAAUGACAUUUACUCCAAUCACUGAGAUCAUUCUGUUCCUCUUUUAUAUUUCACGUUUACCCUAUUAUGUGGUUUUUGCAAUCUCGUUUUAUGUUUAUGUUCUCAGUUCGAGAGUGUAUAGAAAAGAGUUCUCCAAACUGUGUAGUGAACUGUGUCAAUCUUUACAUUUUAAUUAG